AACUGAUGUGUACACAGCGCUGGUGGGUUUAAAGGACUUGCAGAGCAAACUACACACCAUACCUUUUCUUAGCCUGACAAAUGCAAUGACUUGUCUCACCUUCCUCUUGCUUGUACUUGUAACUACCAUGGUGUCCACAGCCUCAGCUCAAGGUGGGAUCGCAAGUUGUUGUCGCCGAAUUUUAAACACUGAAGUCCACCGAGACCGUCUGAAGAAUUAUUAUGUACAACAACAGCCGUCGUGUCUUCUACGAAUAGUUGUCUUCAAGACGAUAAAAGGCAAAAGGAUCUGCUCUGACCCCAACAAUCAGUGGACAAAGUCGAGCAUGGCCUACCUGGAUGAAAAGAAUGGGCACAGCCAGCAUAUUACCUAACACCGCCAUGCCACAGAUCCACCUUCAUGCAAUGACACUGUACUGUAGAAGAGAAAAGACCACUGAGUUAUUGCAAAGCAGUUGAAUUAUUUGAAUAUGCACUAUGUUUGCUUUUCCAUCUUAUAUAAUGUUAAUCUGAUCUUGUUGUAAAUAUGUAAAUAAUCAGUGACAUUUUUUAUUGAACAAUGAUUCUGAGCAUCAUUAAAAUGUUUACAGUAUAA